AUGGGACUUGGAAACUCAACUAGCCAAAUUACUUCCGGUGGAAAUUCAAGUAUCUCAUCUCCAUCAAGAUCCUCUAAUGGUGAAAACGACGCUGCAAACAGUUCGGAGAUGCUGCUUGAUCUAGAAGCUCUUAGUUGUCCUAUUUGCUGCGACGCACUGACUAGUACUAUCUUCCAGUGUGAAAAUGGACACUUGGCGUGCCGUACAUGCUGUAACAAGCUGAGGAACAAAUUUCCUUAUUGUGAUCUUCCCGUUGGUCGCAUUCGUUGCAGGGCAAUGGAGAGGGUUAUAAAAGCAGUCAUUGUGCCGUGUCCAAACGCCAAGCUCGGUUGCACAAAGAGUUUCUCUUAUGGGAAAGAGAUAAUUCAUGGGAAAGAAUGUGUUUUCUAUUUGUGCUCCUGCCCUGCAAAGAAUUGCAGUUACAGUGGCUCUUACAAGAAACUAUACAAUCACUUUCAAACUCACGAGAAUGAAAGAGGGUGUAGUUAUCGGUUUAUUGCUGGCGAAUCACGUGAAGUAUACUUUGAGUUGACUGAGUAUAACUCAGUUUUUAUGAGUGAAUAUGAGGCUGGUCUAUUGUCUAUUGUUUGCGGUUCAGUGUUUCAGUGA